AUGUCAAACUACGAAGACAGGGAUAAAUGUCAUUUCUACUAUAAGAUCGGAGCCUGCAGACAUGGUGAUCGAUGCUCCAAGAAACAUAUCCGUCCAUCAAUCUCUCCAACUCUUUUGGUACCGAAUAUGUAUUGGAAACCGAGCUCGGACGAUUCGCAAACGCUGCAAACCGAUUUCGACGCCUUUUUCGAAGACGUGUACAUGGAGGCAGCACGGUUUGGUGAGUUGCAAGCCAUGGUGGUUUGCGAGAAUAAGAACGAUCAUUUGAACGGGAACGUAUACUUGAAGUUUGCGCUGCCGAAGGACGCACAAGCGGCGAAGGAUAGUUUCAACACACGAUGGUACAACGAGCGGCCAUUGUACUGCGAGUAUUCACAUGUCACCGACUUCCGCGAAGCCGUUUGUCGAAAGCACGACAUGCAGUCGUGUGAAAGAGGCGAUGAAUGCAAUUUCAUGCACGUCCAGCGUCCGAGUCCGCGAAUUUUGACGGACCUCGAGCGUGCCCAGUGGCGUGAAAGAAGUUCAAAAGGAAAAUAA